AAGCGCAACAACAUUCUAAACUUCUGCUGACUGGACCACAUUUCCAUCUCAUUUUUGGACUCUGUCUUUGUUGAAACGUGUAAUAUAACAACAAUAUGUAUUUAUAAUACUCUCACUGGAUGUAAUAAGACGUCGUUAUUUGCUACUCACCGAAGGAGUUAAAUAUUUAACACAUCCGCAUUGGUAGAGCUCUUUGUGUCACCUGCUUUGAAAAACUCUUGAGCUGCACCGGAAAGUCAUCUUGCAGGUCACCUUGGCAUACAUUGAUGCAGGAAAUACUGUGAAAUCAAAUCUGUUAAGACAACUUGCCCUCGACAUUCAGUCUUCAGAGUAAAAAUCCUCUACACUAUGUCAUCUAACCAGUUGUUCAAAAGCCAACAUGAACAGGCCUACAUGUCCCUGAUGAGAGGCAUGAAGGAGCUGGACCUACAGGGACCCUGUGUUCCCAGUGACCUGGUCCUGAUUGGAGACCAUGCCUUUCCUUUAGCAAUGAACAGCCGAGGUCAGGUGCUGAUGGCUGCCUCUCUGUACGGCAGUGGAAGGAUUGUGGUCCUGGGUCAUGAGGGCUACUUGACAGCCUUUCCUGCUCUGGUAGAAAAUGCUCUGACCUGGCUGAGAGGUGAUGGCUCUGAUAACCUCUCAGUAGGGGUGCACAGAAAUGUCAGUGCAGUUGCUAAUAACCUCCAAAAAUCCAGCUUCCAAGUAGAAGUUGUGGGAGCUUUCAGUGACAAACAGGGAGUUGGUGUUUAUGUGACCGAUGCCUACAGCGUGGGCUCAGACCCAGUGGACUUGGGUAAGGAUUUUGAAGACGACUUGCAGUUCUUACUCCAGGGGGUUUCAGAGUUCCAGGUCCCGUCUAAUUUAACUGCUUCGGAGGUUUUAGUCCAUGGACCGCUAGCAUUUCCCAUCGCGACCACAGGUGAUGGACGGGCAUUCCUGGCAGGAGGCUACUAUGGACAGGGACGAGUGAUUGUGGCUACACAUGAAGGAUUUCUGGGACUUGAGAGCAUGGCUCCAUUUUGGCAAAAUGCCAUUCACUGGUUGGAUGAAGGCCGCAGAGGGGUUGUUGGUGUCAUGAAUAUAGAUGCUGCAAUCAAUAUUCUCAGCAAGUCAGGGCUGAAGUGUGAGAAGACAAAAUUCAGGAAAGACCUCAGCGUGUUUGUGUGUAAAGCGUAUAUCACUGAGCAUUUGGAGGAAAUCAAAAACUUUGUGGCAGAGGGAGGAGGCCUGCUGAUUGGAGGACAUGCCUGGUACUGGGCACAGACACAUAGUGGGCAAAAUCCACUUACAGAAUUCUCAGGAAACAAGAUCUUAAAUCAAAUGGGAUUGAGCCUGUUGGGCGCAACAAUCGGAGGAGGAACAUACAAAGCUCUCGUACCCAGCCAGGCUAUUAAUGACAGCUACCACUUCCGCCACCUUCUAUACCGCUUUGCUGCCCAUGUGACUGCAGGUGAAAACCUUAGCCAGCAUGAGGAGAGAUAUCUGAAAAGGCUGGGCAACGACUGCAAUGCCUACUUGCAGAUGAAAGCCCAUGACUCCUCCCACUACCGACAAGUGUUGGCCACACUCACUGACUUAUUAAAGAGGUCAGGCCUGCCACAGGUGAGUGACACCUGCCCUGUAAAGAGUCCCAAAGACCACCUCCUCCUCGCUGUGGGUACCCAGGUAUAUAAGGUUUGCCCAGAUCCCGAUGCCCUCCUGCCCUACCUCAUCAAGGACAACCCAAUGAUGCCUGUUGUCUAUAACCACCGGAUCAAGGUUGAUGUUGAUACAGCAGAUAGGGAAGAGUGGAUCAGUACAGGUCUCUACCUCUCUCCUGGUAUGAAGACCUACAUGGCUAUACCACCUCAGAUUGUCAACAAGGAUUGGAAGAUUCAGAUAGGAUGUCAAACUGAUUCACUGCACCACCAUGAGGAGCUGAAGAGACCACCGUCUGUCCAUGAGCGAUUUCCUGUCACAUCAGAGAUGAUACAGGUUUGGAACCUUUGGGGAGGGCUCAUCUUCCUUGUGGCCCCACCCAAAACACAAGUGAAGGGGUUGGAAGUCAUAGUGCAGAUGGCUGUACCUGCUCCAUACUAUAAGUCUGGUGUAACAACUGCAGCUCAGUGGUCGUUGCUGCGCACAGCUCCUUCACCCUGGGCAGAGUUGGAGUUUGAAAACAUCAUUCUCACCGUACCGUCAGAUGCUGUUCGGGGUCUGGAGCGCCCUGACGAGCUAGCCGCUCUGUGGGAUGAAAUCAUGAGGGCCAUUGCAGAUCUGGCUGCCAAACCACACAAAUUUCCCCGCAAGGAGCGCUUUGUGGCAGAUGUGCAGAUUUCUGCUGGCUGGAUGCAUGCAGGUUAUCCUAUCAUGGCACACAAAGUCUCAGCUGCUGAGCUGGUCGGUGUUAAAAAAGGUAAAGGCAUGUGGGGCCCCAUCCACGAGCUGGGACACAACCAACAGAAAGGCUGCUGGGAGUUCCCACCAAACACCACAGAGUGUACAUGCAACCUGUGGUCAGUGUAUGUGCAUGAAGAGGUGCUGGGUCUCCACAGAGGACAGGCUCAUGGAGCUAUGACUGCAGAAAAUCGACAAAGUCGAGCCAAGGAUUACGUCGCAGGAGGCAGGAAACCAGAGAGCUGGAGCAUGUGGGUGGCUCUGGAAACAUAUAUGCAGCUCCAGGAAAGGUUUGGCUGGGAUGCCUUUAAGAAGGUGUUUACUGCGUAUCAUCACAUGAAAGACAUCCCCAAGGACAACAAAAGAAAAAUGAACCUGUAUGCUGAGACCUUCUCCCAGACUGUGGGGAUGGACCUGACUGGCUUCUUUAAGGCCUGGGGCUGGCCAAUAGAAACAGCCACUGAAGGGAAGCUCUCCCAGCUGCCUUCCUGGAACGAUCACCCCAUGACCCAGUAUCAAUAAACCUCAAACCACUGCAGUGUGCAGAGAAAUGGCUUCAACCAAUAUCUUAAUUUGAAGUGAAUGAUGAGCAACACGGUGAACUGAUUUGGUGUCUGGUGUUCUGUUUUAACAACAUUUAUUAGAGUAUCUGAAUAGAGAAACAGAAAUGGUGGACUGAGGUUGUAGGUAUCGAAUCUUUCCCUUUAUUUUGUACAAAGCCAAAUAAUUUUGUUCCCUGCAGAAAAUGCAACUUGAUGUUUGUGACUUUUGAAAACUGGAAGACAUUACAUUACUAAACAGAGAUUGUUUCUGAAGAUGAAAAUGUUCUUGCAUGUUUGCAUAUUUAUUACUUACGUGCAUUUCUUUACUUGCAUCCAAAACUGCCAUGGUUUUCUUCCACACAUAAACACACACAGUGACAUAUAGGAUGCUAUUGCAGAGCCAGCCCUUAAAACUAGAUGAAUGAGUGCGUAAUAAAGCCUGGGUGUGUC